UUGUUUCAAAGUGGUUAAGCGCCGAAUAUUUAGAAAGUGAGUAGGAGGAUAGGCUGAGGGAUAUGGAAAAGACGCAGAAAGAAUAUCUGUUUAAGGUUUUAGUGAUUGGCGACCUGGGCGUUGGGAAAACUAGUAUCAUAAAGCGGUACGUUCAUCAGAUUUUCUCCCAGCAUUAUAGAGCAACUAUUGGCGUGGACUUCGCCCUCAAAGUCUUGCAUUGGGAAGAGGACACUAUCAUUCGGCUACAACUUUGGGACAUUGCAGGUCAGGAGCGGUUUGGCAACAUGACACGAGUGUACUACAGGGAGGCAGUGGGAGCGUUUAUAGUCUUUGAUGUAUCCAGGGCAUCAACAUUUGAAGCAGUUUCAAAAUGGAAGAAUGAUCUUGACAGUAAAGUGAGGCUGCAGAAUGGCAACCCAGUGCCUGCCAUCUUAUUGGCGAACAAAUGUGACCAGACAAAAGAGGGACUUAGCAAUACGUUGCCCAAGCUGGAUCAGUACUGUAAAGAAAACGGUUUCAUUGGCUGGUUUGAGACCUCAGCAAAGGAUAAUAUCCACAUUGAGGAAUCGGCUCGCCUCCUGGUAGAGAACAUCCUCAGUGCUGAAACUGAUGAUGUAGCUCCUGCAGACCCUGACAUUAUUACAUCCCAACAGCUCUCCCUGCAAAAUAAUAAUGCCAGCUGUUCUGCCUGCACAAAGUAAAAGACAGUAAUGGAUCUCUGACCUCUUUUUGGAAGGAAAGAGAAUAGGGGUGCACUCAGUGGGUGAAGAAUAAGGUCAAAAGAUAUUGUCUUUUCAAGAUUGGGAGCUGGAGAGGUGACUGCUGCAUGUGCUUAAUGAAUUGUGCCUGAUCUGAGAUGCUAGAUUUUUAUGGUGACCAUUCUACCUCUUCAGAAGAAAUUGUUAUCAAGACUUGUUGAGUUAUUUUCUUGUCAUUGCCCUUCUCCACCACACCCACCUCCCCAUAUUGAAACUCCCUUUUAGUUUUUGUUUAAAAACUAAUCCCUUUUUCUCUAGAGUUCUAGUUAAGCAUUAAACCAGCCAGGUCUUAAACUGCAGAUGAUAGAAAACAUUCACUUUUAUAAAUGAAUAAUUUUGAUUUUUCCUGACUCUAGAAGGGUACAGUUCCACAGGGUCCAGCUGUCUGGUCAGAGUUUCAGGCUUCACUUGACACCCUCUUUAGGGGAAGCAUGUAGGUAAAGACAAGUGACUUUCCACCAUACAUUGGCCAUAUCUAAUUUUUUUUGCUCUACCUUCCCUAAGUUUUUAAUCCAGACAUCAUCUUUUUUGUGUCUUGGUGAUAUUCCUCUGGAUGCC